GCAAAAGAAAACGAUGUCGUUUAAGAGACGUCGUAACUCGUAAACAAGUAAACAACUGCUAUAAAAAGGCUCAACUUGAUACGUGAGGUUCUGCCUCCGAUUGCUCGAUUUUCGUAGUGGUUGUUGACAAUGAGAAAUUCGGUGAAUCGACCUCCAACGCCAGAUGCAGCGGAGGAUCCAGGGAAAGAGCCUACGCUUCAAGAAAUUAUCAACAUUAAGUUAAUUGAGAGUGGAGAAAAGGAGCGAUUGAUGGAACUUUUGAGGGAAAGGCUUAUAGAAUGUGGAUGGAAAGAUGAAAUGAAAGCUCUUUGCAGGGCAUUUAUAAAGAAGAAAGGAAGGACCAAUGUUACUGUGGAUGACCUUGUACAUGUAAUUACCCCUAAGGGCAGAGCCUCUAUUCCUGAUUCCAUAAAGGCUGAGCUGUUGCAAAGAAUUCGGACUUUUCUUGUUCAAGCUGCUGUUUGAUACACAAGCUAUGAGUGUUGUGGAGUAGUUCUGCUCAGGACCAUUAAUAGUGUGGAAGCAUAGUCUAGCAUCAUCGCCACAAGUUACCUUGUGGGAGUGGAGGUAACUGUGAUUUAAGUUAGUCAUAUUGCACGUUGCAAAACCAAGGAGUGAAAAAUCGUACGACUAAAGCAGGAAAGAAGUUUCAUUAGUUUAUUCCUUUUACUUACAAUGUCCGAAAAAUUCAGUUUGGCAUAUAUAUUGUGUAAUGUUUCUCAACACAACUACUUCCAUUCCUGUAACUGCUUUGUUCUGGUUUGGUACCCAAUUCAACUGCCACUGGGAGAUAGUUCCUUUAAUUUGUCUGACAAGAUCAAAUAGCAUUAUGCUGAUUUAAUCAUUUCUGUUGAUUAUCUUUUCUUGAA